UGCUCCCGCAUGGAGUGCAAGCCACCACGACCAUGAAGCUGCCCAACAUCCUGCUCACGGGUACACCAGGGGUUGGAAAGACCACACUCGGUAAAGAACUUGCAUCAAGAACAAUACUGAAAUACGUAAAUGUGGGUAAUUUAGCAAGCGAAGGACAGCUAUGUGAUGGCUUUGAUGAAGAAUAUGAAUGUCCCAUUUUGGAUGAAGACAGAGUAGUUGAUGAGCUAGAAAAUAAAAUGAAAGGUGGUCGAGUUAUCGUUGAUUACCAUGGCUGUGACUUCUUCCCUGAACUAUGGUUUCAUAUAGUUUUUGUGCUUCAAACAGAUAAUUCUGUAUUAUAUACAAGACUUGAAAAGAGGGGAUACAGUGUAAAGAAACUACAGGACAAAGUUCAGUGUGAAAUUUUCCAAAUUCUUUAUGAAGAAGCCAUGGCCUCCUACAAGCCUGAAAUAGUACACCAGCUGCCCAGCAAUCUACCAGAAGAACUAGAGAGUAAUUUAGAUCAGAUAAUUAAAUGGAUUGAGGAGUGGAUAAAAGAUAAUAAUUGAACCUUGAGGGAAGAGCAUGGAUUCUCAAGGCUUUCCACAUAAUGGUUAAAGAUUUUCUUGAUGAUCUCUCCCUCCCCAUGCAAUAGAAAUUAAGACAACAUACACCAGAUUUUACUAUCCAAGAUUGUGUUGUAUAAGUAAUAGGUGGGCAAAAUAUAAGGUUGAGUUAUGGCUGAAUUAAUUUUUUUUUCUCCAUGAGAAAACUUAAAACCCUGAAAUGAAUGAAUAUGGUAUUAUAAGUAAAAAAAGUCUAAGAAUAAAGCUAUAAACACCACAUAUUAAGGGGCUGCUAGGUGGCACCAUGGAUGGAGCGCCAGGCCUGGAGUUCAAAUCUAGC